CCCCUUUAAGAGCCGCGUUUUCCCAUAGGCUCCGUGACGUCAGCGCAGCGCAGGACUCACUCCAGCAGCGGCGUGUCCUCCUCAACAAACGCGAGCGAUGCGCGCACGGGAGAGCCGCACACCAGGGAAACACGCUCCGCAGACCGGCACCCGCCGUGGAUUAAACCGGGGAACUCUCCAAACCAUGGCCGAGACGGCGAAGAAGUGAAGGCUGACGCGUCGAGCACGGAGCGCGCUCUGAUUUCGCGUUACUAGACGCGCACGAGUAUGCGCGAUCCCAGCUGAUCGAGACUCGAACCCGCAUCGUUUAACCCCACGAACCAUUACUCUACUCCACAGCUGCUCUCGCUCCGGAAACAGCUCAGAUUAGCUCAUUAGUCCGGCGGGCGAGCUCCGUGAUGAUGGCGGGGAAGCGGACGGCGCAGGGCGCGGGAAUCCUGCUGGUCACCGCCAACGUCGGAUCGCUGUUUGAAGAUCCGGAGAACCUACAGAAGACGUGGCUGCGGGAGUUUUGUCAGACGGUCCAGACGCACCGGCCGCUCUUCCUCGCUCUUCACUGUCAGGAGGUCGGAGGCAAGAACUGCAAGGCGUCGAUGACACACGUGGACAGCUUCAUCAAAGAGCUGCUGUCCAGUGAAGCCUUGAAGGACUUCAGCCGUGCUCGUGUCUACCUCGACAAGAACUACGAAUCCCAGGAGCAGUUCACAGCUCUGGGAUGUUGCUACUUCAUCCACGAAUCCUUGAAAAACAUCCAGCAGUUUGAUUUCAAAGCCAAGAAGUUCAGGAAGGUGGUCGGGAAGGAGGUGUGUUCGGACGCUCUUCCAAACGCAGCCUCGCUGGAGAAAGAGAAGUUUCCUCAGGACUAUUUCCCCGAGUGUAAAUGGUCCAGAAAAGGCUUCAUCCGAACCCGAUGGGCGCUGGCUGACUGUGCCUUUGACCUGGUGAACAUCCACCUGUUCCACGACGCAUCUAACCUGGUGGCGUGGGAGAAGAGUCCGUCCGUGUACUCGGGGACGAGGCAGAAAGCGCUGAGCUUCGUGCUGGACAGGAUCACGGAUCAGCGCUUCGAGCGGCUGCCCUACUUCAUCUUCGGAGACUUCAACUUCAGGCUGGACUCCAAGCAGGUCAUCGAGAGACUGUGCUCGAUGGCCAGCAUGCAGACGGUCAGAUCCACUGACACCAAUGAAGUGGACAAACUCAUCUUCAGAGAGUCAGACAAUGACCACAAGGUUGUCCUCCAGCUGGAGAAGAAGUUAUUCAGCUACAUUAAUCAGGAAGUUUUCCGGGAAAACAAUGGAACGCAGCUCUUAGAGUUCGACAGAGAGCUGUCUGUGUUUAAGGAGCGUCUGCAGGAGCUGGACAUCUCCUUUCCUCCGAGUUAUCCGUACAGUGAAGACUCCAGUCAGGGAAAGCAGUACAUGAACACUCGAUGUCCAGCCUGGUGUGACCGCAUCCUCAUGUCCUCCUCGGCCAGAGAGCUGCUCCUCAAGACGGAGAACGAGGAGAAAUCAAUAACUUAUGACACCAUCGGAGCCAGCGUGUGUAUGGGGGACCACAAGCAGGAAAAUGGUGCCAAAGGGUGGAGAAGAUUUCAUGAAAAGCGUCCCUGUGAGAAGCUCCGACACGGGUGGAUGGACACACACACACACACACACACACACACACACACACACACACACACAGAGGACCCUGUAAAGACUUUUCAGCAGGACUGACCAGUCACAUUUGUCCGGUGCAUGCAGUCAUGUCUAUAGAAACCACACACUGAGUUCAUGAAUGCUUCACGAGUCGAGAUCAUGGACACACACACACACACACACACACACGCUGCAUCUCCACUAAAUCAGAUGAUCUUCUGACGUCUGUCAGUCUUGUUUCUCAGACUCUAUCAGAAACACUCCCUGUGGAUUUUAGAUGCGUCUCAUAUUCAGUGUGUAAGAUAUUUUAAAAGUGCAAUGAAAGCCAGUUGUUGUAUUUCUCUGCGGUUCGGUUUAUUUCUAGAAUAGAUUCUGUUCAAGCCUUUAGAUGAUUUCCUUUCUCUCUUGAUUUGUCGUGCUGCAGACAACCGCCGACUCUUUUAUAUACCGUACUUUUUAAAGAGAUGAUUUAUAAUGCGUACCAAAAUUAUUAUAAGCUGACAUAUUGAUACGAACGGCUGCUUCGGAUCGUUAUAAAGAAACGACUAAAUCUGCAUCAUCAUGAGAAGAACAUGCCAUGAUUUAUAUACAGUUAGCCAAUUCAUUUUUCGUUUUUUGUUUUUUUUAAGAAGUGCCAUAAAUCAUGCAAGUAUAUAAGAUAGUUUUUGCUCGGUUCUUACAGUGCUGUUCUUAUUCUAACUUAUUUCUAAUAAUGUUAUGGUUGAAUGUGAUGUUUUAUAGGCCUGGGUAUCUUAAAUAGCUGUAUCCUUUCCUCCUUUGUUCUUUCAUAUGAUUUCUUGUUAUUAUAUUAUUGUGUGCCAACUAUUGAGAUGCGAAACACUCAGAUCAAGGACAGGAGUCUACACUACACUCCACGAUCCGUUACUGAUUCUUCAUCUCUGAAUCUGUUGCUUGUUAAGUGUUUUCCAGCAGCUCAGAGAUAGGAGUCACUCUUGUGUUGAAGCAGAUCGCGAUUAGACCUCGUGGAUGACAAGACCUCAGAAAGCAAUAAACCCAUUAGAACUCACAGAACGAGUGAAUGAGUGAAGCAGUGCCUCUGUGUCAUCAGUCAAACACAUCAGAUUCACUAAACAUGCUUUUGGUGGUCCCUGAAAAAAAAAAAAUCAGCUAUAUUUAUGAUAUUGUGUGUUCAUUUGAUCAAGCUAUUUAUAAAAAUCAUUAUGUAACUGAAUAUAUCUUUUGUCAUUGCUGAAUAUAUUUGAAAUACACAUCAUUGACAGGAAA